AAGUACACAUUUAUUUUUUGGUUUAAGUCAAAUUUUAGUUUGUCGCAAGAUUCUUGUAAUUUCAGAUCUGGCAACUACCAUUAUUUAACUACGAACAGCUGAUUUAUGUUUAUAUUCGAAAAUCAACAAAUAAACGUGAUUUUCCAACAAAAAUGGUGCGGAUUAAAAAUCGUUAUGUAGUUGUCAGGAUAGUGCCGGAAAAAACGGCGAAUAUAUUAAAAAUUGACGAUGCCGUUCUAGCUAAAUGUGUGCUGCGCAACGUAAAAAAGUACUACGGCGACUAUGGACUGGGGAUUGUGGAGCAUGGUUUUCGCGUGAAAUACUGUAAUGAACGCACAAAAAUAGCAAUAAUUAGAUGCCUACAUCGCUCACAUCGUACGUUGACGAGUACGUUGCCGUUGAUAACUAUGAUUGGCGAUGUGCGAGCAAAAUUUCAUACACUCUACGUCGGUGCUACUAUAAUACAUUGCAACAAAUUCAUAAUCAAUCACCAGCAAAGAUUUUUGGACGAAAUGGUGGGUCAAAUCGCGUCGGCAAAAGAACGCAAGGACUUCAUUAAACGUGUUAUGGAAUUUGAUCUAGAGCAGUAGCAACGCUGAUUGCACUUCAAUCGCACUUUAAAUUUUAUCAUAGAAUAAAUAUAUGUAUUUAAUUUGUAAGGAUUUUUGUUUUUAUUUACACCCAUUAUAGACUACAAGUAUAAGAAAAAUAGUACAUUCAUACAUAAUUAUGUGAAAUAUCAACUAAAUAAAGCAUAAUAAGGUGCUUAUUGAUUGCUAGUACAUACAUGUGUAUAUGUAUGAAAAAUUUAUAUUUUAAUAAAUUUCAUAUAUAACUAUUA